UCUUUUUUUUUUUAAUUAAGAAAAUAAAAAAAGAUCACUCCAUUUAUCAGGUGGUUUCGGAUUUUCAGUCGCUUCUCUUCGAAUCGCCAGCGAAGCAGAGGAAGAAUCCCCAGUCGUCCUUGCCGUUGUCAGUACCUCACCAAUGGCUGCGAUCUUAGCUCGCAAGUCUCUCUCCGCGCUUCGGGCUCGUCAGCUUGCUGUCUCUUUACAAGCAUUGCAGGGCUCAAACCAAUAUGCACUACAAUCUUGUGCACGCUUGUAUUCCACCAAAAAAGAUGAUGAAGAAAGGGAGCAGCUUGCAAAGGAGAUUUCCAAGGAUUGGAGUUCUGUUUUUGAAAGAAGCAUAAACACACUAUUUCUCACUGAAAUGGUUCGUGGUUUGAUGUUAACACUCAAGUAUUUCUUUGAGAGGAAAGUGACUAUCAAUUAUCCAUUUGAGAAAGGUCCUUUGAGCCCCCGGUUUCGUGGUGAGCACGCCCUUCGACGAUAUCCAACUGGAGAGGAACGUUGCAUUGCCUGCAAACUCUGUGAAGCUAUAUGCCCUGCACAAGCGAUAACAAUAGAGGCUGAGGAACGUGAAGAUGGAAGCCGUAGGACAACUAGGUAUGAUAUUGACAUGACAAAAUGCAUAUACUGUGGAUUCUGCCAAGAGGCAUGCCCCGUUGAUGCAAUUGUUGAGGGGCCUAACUUUGAAUUUGCAACAGAGACGCAUGAGGAGCUUCUGUAUGACAAGGAGAAGCUACUUGACAAUGGGGACCGAUGGGAAACUGAGAUUGCAGAGAACCUGAGAUCUGAGAGUCUCUAUCGCUGAUGCUUUGCCAGUGGACACUCAAAAUUUUCAAGUGAAAAUAAAAGAUCUGUGUACAGGUCUUGAAUACUUGUAUUGAAAUUUUUUUGUGAUUCAGUAAUGGUUCUUUUUCAUUGAAUCUGCUGUUGCUGCUACGUGUUAAAGAUCGAAAAGAGAUGGAUAAAGAACUCCAAUGUUACCGACGUUUCCGUCUCUAGAAUUUUUAGUUUGAUGAUAAUGCACGAGUAGCUUCAAACUUGUUUGAAUUGGACCUGAUUGUUGGUCAUUGGGCUCUGAUCUGUGUAGCUGAAUGUUUCUGAUUUCAACCGAGACAGUAAAUGGGGAAUGCUUAGUUUGUUCCUUACUCUUUUAA